CGUAGGUAGAAAUAGUCUUUGGACUGGACCUGAUUAACUUAAUUACUACAUGUAUGUAUUCACUAUAACCUUAUACAUGUAAAAUAUAUUUAUCCUGACCUUUUGUUUAAAUGCAAAUCGUGACACAUGUAUGUAUUUCAUUUUCUUACUAGGUAGUAACAUGAUGUAUAUCAAAGCAAAGUGUGUACCAGAAACACGCCAGUCAUCAGAAUCAUAUCAACUAUGGAUCCUAGUGGAGAAAUCUGGUCAAAUUUAUUCUGCUGAAUGCAACUGUGUAGCAGGUGAUGGUACUUGCAAACAUGUGGCUGCUGCCUUAUUUGGACUUCUUGCAUUUUGUGUCGAAAUGGAGGACAGAGCGACAGUAGCAGUCACAGAUAAAGAAGCGUACUGGACACUUCCUAAGCGUGUGUGCAGACCAUUAGUUGUGGAUGAUAUUGAUAUAAGGAGCAAUAUGACUGCAGCCAGAAAGGAAAGACCAACCCCUUCUGAUGGCUAUCUGCCCAUUCAUGAUGUUAACGAACAUGAAAUAGAAAAGUCCUUAGUGAAACUUGUUAAAAAGUGCAGCAUACCAAGUGUGGCCUUAUACACUCUUUCAGAUUCAGACUGCAGUGACAGUGAUUGUGACUUAGAGGAGUACCCAAAGAACAUUCCUGAACUUGUUCAAGAACAUGGCCAUUUACAGGAUGUUGCAAAACACAUUACUUUGUCUGAGGUGAAUAGAAUUCCCCAUCUGACCCUUGGACAAUCAGACAACCCAAUGUGGAAAUACCAACGGCUUGGAAGAUUGACAGCAUCGAACUUUUAUAGAGCUAUUCAUUAUCAAGGUCAAAAUGAAAACAAUUCUAUAGUUAAAUCUGUUUUAGGCUUGUAUGCAGAAUUUUCAACUAAUGCAGUAAAUUAUGGAAAAGAGAUGGAAUUGGUUGCAAGGGAAAAGUAUGUGUCAAUUAUGUCUCCGAAGCUUGUAUCUUUUUCAGCUGAGGAAACAGGCCUGCAUGUUUAUGCUGAUUUCCCCUAUCUUGCUGCUUCACCUGAUGGCUUAGUUAACUGUAAAUGUUGUCCCCCAGGUUUAGUAGAAAUUAAAUGCCCUUACAGCUUAGGGAAAAUACUUGCAAAAGCGUCAUGGCAAAAUUGUCAUCUUUUACAAAGAUAGAUGGUAGAUUUUUGGUAGAUCAGACGCUUUCAUCACCAUAUUAUGUUCAAAUGCUUGGACAAAUGGCCAUUUGUAACUUGUCUUAUUGUGAUUUUGUUUUAUACACACAAAAGGAUAUGUAUGUAGAAAGAAUCAUGUUCAAUGAAAAAUUGUGGAAGGAUGCAUAUUCGAAGCUCAAAGAAUUCUAUCUGAAAUUCAUACUACCAGCUAUUGUCAGCAAAAGUGAUUAAACUGUAUUUGCUCUUUGUACAUGUUCAUAUAUUUACUCCAUCAUAUUUUUUUUUUCUGCGUGAAAAUGUGUGCUGUAUAAUAAUCACUGUAUCACUUUUACAAGACAAUAACUUGAAUAACUUUCCUACUACAAACAUCACAUUUCAUAAGUGUAAGAUGGUUAUAAUACAUGAACUUACAUCUAUAUUAGUACAGCUUUUGGGAUCAAGGUCAGUAAAUUGAUAUGGCCAUUUCUAUUUACAAAGAACAUCGCAACAUAUUUUGAAGUUGUUUAACCCAAAGUCAGGCUUAUAUUCACCACAUAGGUAAAAUGUUUUUUGAUACAUGUACUUGUAAGUUUGUACGUCAUGUGAUCAAAGGUCACGGCUAUUCAUAAUAGGAACUCUGAGGCCAUCAGUUUUCUACUUUUGUGUACAGGAUUAUUAUGUUAAUGGAAUAUAUGAGGAUAUGCAUUAUUUUAGAAGACUGAAAAAUAGAGAAUUUUAUAUAAA